AUGACAAUGGCAUCGGUGGAAGCUCGUGCAACGCGACUCUUACUUUUAUUAUUUAUAUUUGCCUCGAGCUCUACCAGUUCUUCAAUAAAUACCAAUAAAACACCCUCGAUUCCUUCAGAUAAAUUUCUCAAAUUCAUAUACACAACAGCAAAAAAUGGAUAUUUAUCAGAGGAGCAUUCUGUGGUGACAGAAGACGGGUACAUCUUAAGGAUGUUCAGAAUAGUGCAAGCAAAAAAGUGUCAUAAAGAAAAAAAUCAAACUCCAGUCCUAUUAAUGCAUGGUCUAGUGGAAAGCUCUGAUGCGUGGGUAGAAACUGGUCCCGAAGCUGCUGGUCUCGCCUAUCUCUUAUCUGAUGACUGCUUUGACGUCUGGUUGGGCAACAUUAGAGGCAACUACUACUCUAGAAGACACGUGACCCUUGACCCUGAUAAAGAUGCUGCAUUCUGGAAAUUUUCAACAGAUGAAAUGGGACGUUACGAUAUCCCCGCUAUGGUUGACUAUGUCUUAAACAGCACCGGAGUCAACAAGUUGCACUAUAUCGGAUACUCACAGGGCUGUACAAUUUUCUUCAUAAUGUGUUCCGAAAAACCGGAGUAUAGUAAAAAAGUAAGGGUCAUGAUUGCUCUGGCACCUGCGAGUAGACUCCUAAACAGCAAGUCUCUUAUAUUCCGUUUUGUAAACUAUCAUUUUGCUAUUUUUCAAAAGCUUUAUGAAUUGUUUGGUGUAAGGGAACUUUUACAAAAAAAUUCUCCACCUCAACAGUUCAUGGAAAAAGUCUGCAAUUCGCAUCCCUUUCCUGAAGCAUUUUGUAAUUUCGUGUUUUCCUCUUUCGACUCAUAUCAUCCUGGAUCUGUAACUAACGAGACAAUCGCAAAAUAUUUUCGUGACGUUCCUGCUGGUACAUCAAUCCAAAACUUAGCCAAGUGUGGCCAAAGUUUGAAUAGUGAAGAUUUUAUGAAAUUCGAUUAUGGAACAGAGGAGAAUCUCCGGAUUUAUGGUCAAGAAAAACCACCGAAAUAUAAUUUGAAAGCCGUGAAUGUUCCUAUAGUCAUCAUUGUAGGUAGAAAUGAUGGUAUAGUGGAUGGGAAGGAUAUUAAAUGGUUGGUUGGAAGGCUACCUAACAUAAUUGACUUAGUGCAAGUGGAAGAUCCCCUAUGGAACCACCAGGACGUGCAUUACAGUAGAUUUUUUAAAAAACUUCUGUAUCAAAAGAUUUACGAAUAUUUACUUACUUAUAGCAAUUAA